AUGGCUUCAGAGCAGAGCGAACUAGAUCGUAUAACCCGCCUUAUUGGAAGAUAUCUGUUAACUGGUUGGACAUUGUCCGAUGAAGCCUGCCCAAACAAAGGAUGUGAUGUUCCUCUCCUACGCUCCAAAGACAACUCUAUAUGGCUCUGCGCUCGCUGCGAUGACAGCAAUUCAAAGCCAAAGUCGACGACAAAGAUGGAACCUGUUGAGACUUACGAAAGCUUUGCUCCACCUGUAGAGUCUAUCGAUAUGGAGCAGGAUACACCCGAAGAAGUUGAAGAGCGACAACUGCGACGUAAGCAAUCCCAGCUUGCAGCACAGUCAAUUGGAGAACGAAUGUUACAGGGAUGGACUUUGCUUGAUGAGAUAUGUCCUAACGAGACAUGCUAUGGGGCAAGUGUUCCACUAGUUCGUUCGCGCUACAAAAAGAAAUAUUGUGUGAUAUGUCAGAAAUGCUACAUGGACGAACCUGGCUUGGACUCUGAUGAUAAAGUGGAUUCUGAAUCUGACGUUCUUCGUGAAGCCAGUAUGGUGAAUCGCGGUGCAAAGGAAGUACAUCGUAUUAACGAAAACGAUGCAGAGUUUAUUCUAAAAGAUUUCGCGAACAUAAGAGAAGAUAUAAAGUCAAGCGGAGUGGAGACGAGGACUAUCGUUACAUUAAAAGCAAAAAUGGAGGAACUAAGGGAACAGUUGGAGAAUGAGCAUGAUAUUGGGAAUAUAAAUGAGCUCUGCCAAAGUCUCCAGAGUUGUGUUACGGCAUUGGUGACAAUUGAAGAGUUGAUUUUCAAAAGACAUCUGGCUGUAGGGAAGACGCGAAAAUAG